ACAGCCGCCAUGUUUUUCGCCAAGAAAGAAUGUUAAUAACAUUUAUUUUAGUCAUUUAAUUUAAUUAGAUUGUUUUGAAGUAUUCAUAUUUCAUUAAUACUUUGUUUUUAGUACCAGUUACAAGUGUUUAUCAAAAUAAUGAGCACAGAAAUUCCAGAUUCAAGAGAUGGAAUUGUGAAUGUUUUGGAUGACAUACUUGAUGGCACUACAGGUGAAGAUGAAUUUACAGGCGAAGUGACUGAGGAAAAGCCAGAGGGUCAUCUUAAGGAAAAAAAGACAGGCAAGACAAGGAAAACAAUAGUAAAAACAAAAGGAAAGGUAGUAAAACAAACAAAACAGGCAAAUACUGUAACGAAGGAAGUAGUAACAGCUGCAGUUGAACCAGAUUAUGAACAGGCCAACGUUAAACCAAAGCCAGUGAGCAAGAAAAAGACUGUUGUAAAGAAGCGAGUGGCCGUUAAGAAAAAGGCACCAGAACCAUCAGAAGAGACUGACAGCAUUGCAGAACCACCAGUAAAAGUUGCUAAGCAGACAGUAAAAAAGGUUAAGCCAGUCAAAAAAGUGUCAAAAGCAAAGAAGUUGAAGGAAGCUGAGGAAAAAGUUUGUGAUGACUUGCAGCUGGAAGAAGAAACUAGUAUGGUGACGGACACCAUAGCCGACAGCGAUGUCAAGUGCAACCUGAGUUUGAGUGGUGGUGAGGACGAGGAGGUGAAGCAGACGACUACUGAUGGAGACACACAGGACUACGACACACGCAGUGAGGCAGACAGCACCGGGGGAGAUGAGUCAAACUUCACAGAGAGCGAUGGAGAAUUAGGUGACCAACAGGAGGCUUGGCAGGGUGACCGCCACUCGGAGUUUAUGUUAGAUGCAUUGCUAAAAGAUGGUGAGGUUGGUGCAGAUGGCGAAUCGCAAAAGAAAAAAGGAAAGAAGAAACGCUUAGAUGGAAGAGAAAUCUCGCCUAUAGAGUGGGACAAGAGCGAGGAAGACAGUGAGAAAAGUGAGGAAGAUGAGGACGACAUUGAUGACGACAAGAGUGACAUCAGUAACGAAAGCUUCAAGAGCAACAAGAGUGGAAAUAAGAGCGAUAGUGAAACAGAGAGAAGACGUUUCAAUGCCAAACUGAAAUACAUCUUUCGGAAUGCUCGUUACUUUCUGAUCAAAAGUAACAACCAUGAAAAUGUAGCUCUUGCUAAAGCCAAAGGGGUUUGGUCCACACCUCCACAAAACGAGGCCAGGCUAAACCAAGCAUUCCGGGAGAGCAACAAUGUAAUUCUAAUUUUCUCAGUUAAGGAAAGUGGCAAAUUUCAAGGUUUUGCACGAAUUGGUGAUGAAUCUACAAAGGACCAUCCACCGAUACGUUGGGUACUUCCUCCAGGCAUGAGUGCCAGGGCUCUUAGUGGGGUCUUCAAACUCGACUGGGUUUGCAGACGUGAACUGCCUUUCACAAAGGCUGGUCACCUUCACAAUCCAUGGAAUGAAUACAAACCCGUUAAAAUAGGCAGAGAUGGUCAGGAAAUUGAAGGGAGAUGUGGUGAAACAUUGUGUAAACUCUUUCCACCAGAUACUAAGCAAGAUAUUGAUGCAAUUAUACGAAAAGCUCGGAAAUCUCGCCACCUAGUUCGUCCUGUAAAGCCAAGAGAGCGACGUGGCACUGGCAGACCGUUUGAGUUUUCUAGAAGGCGGCGUAGCAGUCGCGAAGGAUAUUUUGAAGGCCCGCGUUUCAAAAGAAACAGAGGAGAAUUUGAAAGAAAUGAAUUUUUCCGGGGUAGAAGAAUGGACAGGCCUCCACGUGGUUUUCCAGGUGUACGGAGGGAGACUAUUAUCAAUGGAAAUUCAUUUCAGUCCCAGUUGCCAGAGGAACAUGUUUAUUCGUACAGUGACUACAUAAGGGAGUUUGCCCAUGUACGACCACCACCUCCACCCAUGCCACCGUAUGGUCCGCCAGUGAGUAUGCCCCCUGGUUACUUCCAAGCACCUCCAGAUUAUCGUGGCUAUGGCGGCCAGCAUCAACACCAGCAGCCUAGAAACUUCAUGCCUGGCAACGAUUACAGACCAGAAUCAAGCCAUUCAAGAAACAGUGAUAAGAGAUCAUACGAAAGAGACGUCGAUGACUUCUUGAGGCGGACAACGCAUGGGACGAGUAGUUCUCGAUCGACUGACCGGGAUCGAGACAGAGAUCGUGAGCACCAUCGCAGUCGGGACCGGGAUCGCAUGGAUCGGGACCGGUAUCGAGACAGAAGAUAAAAAUAAACAAACACUUGUCUUGAGAGAAAGAAAGAUGAAUAAGAGAAGAUACAAUAUUUGCUAAUGAUGUGUUGAUCAGUGAGAAUGUAUUUUAAUGGUUCUGAGGAGAACUGUUGUUGGGUCUCAGGAUAAUGCAAAAUGGUAUUCUGAGUGAAAGAUAGUGUUUUCAUUUUAUUAUCGACAAAUUCACAUAUUUGUGUUGAUACUUUGAGCAUUUGUAGUACUUGUAAUAAAGGAACUGUUUUGUA